GUGAUGGCCAAGGCCACGCCGUCGGAGCAUCGCUAUAUAAACCGAGUUGGCCUGAGCCUAUAGUCAUUCCAGGAUCACCCUCCUUGCAUCUACUACUAUGAAGACAGUCGCUCUAGUGUGCGUGUUGUUGGGCGUGGCCGCCGCCCUCCCCGGCCUCCGUCAGCGCCGUGACUCCUCGGCCCUCUUCUACGAGCUGCCCUCCAACGCCUCCCUCAUCCUGGGCGGCAUCCAGACCGGCUUCGAGUGCGGCGACCUGCCCUACGGCUACUACGCCGACGAGGCCAACAACUGCGCCGUCUUCCACGUGUGUCUGCCCUACAUCGACAACGACCUCUACAUCACCCGCCACUUCUCCUUCAUGUGCGGCGCAGGCACCAUGUUCGACCAGGAGCGCCUCGUGUGCGACUUCCCCGAGAGCGCCCUUCCCUGCUCCGAGGCCGCCGCCUUCAGGAGGUCCAACGAGUACUUCGGCCGCGAGGACGUCAACUUCCUCGAGAAGUAAAUCAGCUGUGACGAAUCCGACGCUUUCGCAUUUCUCAGAUUGUUGUGUUAUUUCUCAAAAAAAAAAAAAAAAAAAAAAA